AUGAGCCAAAUACCAGACUAUCUUAAGAAGUACUUGGCAUCAGGUUCACAGGAUGUGAGUGGCAAUGGUGGCAGCUCAUCUUCGUCAAAGACAAAGAAGAAGAAGAAGUCAAGUCGUACAUCAUCAUCGACGACAACAACGAGGCGUUCAAUUAUAAGUGAUAUGGAUGAUCAAGAGUCUGUAGAGUUCAAUAGUAAUAGGUCAUCACUGCGGAUUAACAAGCAACGAAAUGAUGAUGAUGAAGUAGAGGAUGACGCACAAGAUAUAGAUGACGAAGAUGAUGAGUUUAAACCAGUGAUUGUAAAUAGAGAUCAGUUCGAUGACCUUGACCUUGCCAAGCUAAAGUCAAAGACGAAGCCAAAGAUGAAGGAGGAGGACAAGGGUACAUGGGUCACAAUAGAGCCAAAUGAUAAUGUACAACAAAAGCAACAGCAGCAACAACAGCAACAGAAGAAACAAGACAUGUCUCCACCAAGAAGAAGGAGUGAAGUAGUUGAUCAAUCUCCUCCAAGACGUGGAAGAGAUAAUGGCAAUGGUAGUGGAGAUCAAUCACCACCUAGACGAGGAGGAAGGAACAUAGAGGACCAAUCUCCACCAAGGAGGAGGCAACAACAGGACACGGACAUGUCACCGCCACGACGAGGCAGGCCCACAGACCAGCCACCACCCAGACGCAGUAGCGAUGUAUCACCGCCACGACGAAACAACAGGAGUGCAGUCGAUACAGACAUGUCUCCACCAAGGAGGGGAAGGUCCGCUGUCGAUCAAUCCCCUCCAAGACUGAGUCAUGACCAAUCACCGCCUCGAAAGAGGCUACGCGACGAAGAGCCCGACCAAACACCGCCAAGAAACAGGGAUCAAUCACCUCCUCGUUCGAGGAGGGUGCCAAGCGGCGAUGAUCAAUCGCCUCCAAGAACAUCAACAACAACGACCACGACGAACAACACAGAUACACACAACAACAAUGGCGGCAACCCGGCAGCCAACAUGAAGAUGAAGAUGUCUUUUGGAGCCGAUGCAGGAUUGCACAGCGGCAAGACGAUCAAGGAGCAGACAUUGAAGAGGAUUGAGGAGCAGAAGGAGUUGUUCAAGAAGGCUGACCAGACACUGUUGGGCAAGGAUGCACAGACAGUCUACAGAGACAAGAGGGGCAAGAAACUAGACUCGCUCAACACAUUCAUGAAGCAGCAACAGGGUGAGAAGACGGCCGACGUCGAGCAGGACAUGGAGUGGGGCGUGGGCAAGGUGCAGCGCGAACAGGCUGAAGAGCAGCGACGGCGGCUCGAGGAGGAGAAGGAGAAGCCCUUCUCAAGGUAUGCCGACGAUGACUACCUCAACGAUGUACAGAAGGAAAGAGAGAUAUGGGGCGAUCCAAUGGCAGGCAUGUCGUCGUCCAAGAAGAAGAAGAGCAAGAGCAAGAGCAAGAGCAAGUCGUCCAAAGAUGAGAAACCAAAGUAUAGUGGACCGGCUGCACCACCCAAUCGAUACAACAUCCAACCAGGACAUCGUUGGGAUGGCGUCGACCGUAGCAAUGGAUUCGAGAAAGAGUACUUCAAGAGCAAGAACCGUGUGGCUGCCACCAAAGAUGCUGCAUAUCUCUGGAGUGUCGAAGACAUGUAG